AGCAAAUUCGUCUACCUCUCUAAGCGGCUAGUGAUUGGCUGAAAUUGUGAGAGAGCUCAACGAAGCUCUCUGCAGGCGUUGAUUUGGAGAGCUGAGAAAUUCCCCACCCCCCUGGGUGCACAGCUCAGCUGGGGAUAGCUUUCCUAUAGCUCGGUUCUAGCGCUGUCUAGACUCCACAAAUCGCUGUUUUUGGCGCCAACUGCCAUGUGAUAUGAUCUCCACUUGCGAUUUUGACGCGAGGUUUAGGACGAGAGGAGGGUUUUUGUAAGCGCUAUGCGGUGCCUGCUUUGGAAUCAAUUGAAUGUGAAUGUUAGGUCCCCCUAUGGAGGCUUUUGACAUUGUUUGUGUGUGACAACCAGGCGAAGAAGACAACUCGGUAACUACUGUUCCCGACCCAAUAAUGUAUUCAAAACCUUUUUGCAGUCAAUCAAAGGGGAUUCCUCAACCCCGCCUAUCACAAUUAGCUGAAGGAAGAGAGUGCAUAAUUGUCCUCCAACAACUGCAGCUGCAGCCCCGCUUCUCCUGGUCCCUGGAUGCCUGGUGAUCGCUGUCAAUCGCCUAACCCGCAUAGGGGAUCGCCCCAGGCCUAUCAUCCCAUCUAACACACUAUAAGAUGCUAAGACGGGCCUAAUGCAUCUCAUGGGGCCACAUGCAAGAUUAAAUCAUUGCUCUUUUGGGAUGUGAGAGCCCCCGACUGUGAACCAGUAACUGACGCCCUUGCUUUGGGGUGAAGAAGGGGAAGGGAGAGGUUCGUGUUUUUGGUUUUCUCUGUGCGUGCGGCACCAGGCGGGAGUUCAAUAUGUUUAAUAUAGCUGGUUCAUGGGCGUUGGGAAGGGCGCACUAUUGUUUCUUGGACAAUCUCUUCCCUUGUAUUGGAUUUCUUAUUUAACUUUUAUGCAGUGCCCAUUUCUUCAGUCAUCCCUCCACUAUCCGACUGCUCUGCUCUCUGAAGAAGCGUAGCAAAAAGUAUGAAAUAGGCUGCAACAUACUACUUCAAGGCUCCAUGCCCUCUUUGCCGAUUGUCGACUUUGAGAAAAAGGAACCCAAUUUUAUUUACUACUUAUUAUUACUGUUAGGGGUAUUGUGUUUCAUGCAAAGUUCGAGCCCCAGGAACCCCGAAAACCCUAGACUCCAGACCCUACCUCGGCUGUAUGCACUGGAUUUAUCAAUUCCUUGCUAACUCCAUGGAUAGAUCAGAAAUUCCGAGACAUCAGAGUUCUUUUGGCCGACGGGAAUUUGCUUCCGCUGGCCCUUUAGAGAUAAAUAACAGUUUGCCCAAAAGGAGGAGGUCAAAUAUAUCAAAUCAGAGUUGGGCGAGCGUUUCGAUUCAGUAAUUGUGGGGUAUUCGCUUCAAGGCCGUGUGCCCGUCGCUUUGUGAACACACCCUGCGAUUUCGACCAUUUGUCUUUAUUUCAAUCGGCCAGUAUGGAAAUUACAUUUAUCUCAAUUCUCGAUCUGACGCCGGCUGCUUGUAUAAAAUAUACCUCUGGUUCCAUUGAGGAUAUACUCGGCUACGACUCCAAUGAAGUGGUUAAUAAAUCCCUAUGGGAUUUCCUCCAUCCGGAUGAGCUCUCGUUCGCAAGGCAGAUCCAUUCCCAGAGUGUCAGUCACGACAUGGCCGCUGGGUUGAGUUAUUUCCAGAUCAAGCAUCAGCUUGGUUACUGGGUUGGGGUUGAAUGCGUGUUUAACGUGGUUUAUGAUGUUUUAGUAGCAAGUACUAGCAUCUACAAGAGGGGAUCAAGGAGUCAUCAAAAGAGGGCAACCGACGCUCCAGUUGUCAGGCGGUUAUUCUCCCAAUCACAGUUCGAUCCACGAUAUAAUAUGCUUGCAUACAUUUCGAGCAAAUUUUCACGAGUCCCGCGGAGCCCGUCUCAUGAACCGCGCGCGGCCUUAUUCCUAAACCGAUUUACCAGAUCUUCAAACAUUAUCUACGCGACAAGAGGUGUAGCCAAUGUCCUUGGAUUGAGACCCGCGGAUCUCGUUUCCAAGAGUUUUUACUAUUGCAUAGAGGAAUGUUGUUUGCAUGGGGCGGUUAGAUGUAUUGAAAGUGCGAAGUCGAAUGAUACGGUUGCGUAUCUCCGGUUCUGCUUUCGAAAUCCAUUGCAAGAUGACAAUGGCACGGGAGACCGCACCGGCUAUGGAAGCGAAUGCCAAGACCAAGACGAGGAGGAGGAUGACGAUGAAAUGCAGUAUGAAGAUUGCCUGGACUCACAAAAUCCCUUGGAUAAAUGCAAUAUCACAACGAACACCGACUUAUCACGGUCAAGGACCAACAUCCAACCGCGCACCACCACCACCACCAACAAUAACGGGCAACGAAUAGAAGUUGAAGCAGUAGUAUCCUGUUCCUCCGACGGCCUGGUAGUUAUACUGCGGCGCGCACUUGCACCUAUUCCACCGCCUUUUGAAAAACCCGGCUACCCAGUCCACGCAAAAAUUGCCUCUUCGCAUCUCCUUGGGCCACUGAUUCUACAGUCUCAGCGCUACAGUGCAACCCCGGCGGCCAGCAACCAUUGCCAAUACCACGCUCCCCCACUGGGUCUGAAAAGGGGGAGCUGAUGGAUACCAUCCGUGACGUCGCGGUCCUUGCUUGGGCAGUCGUGGGGACGAAUAACUCCCUUAAGUUAUACGGAAAAGGAACUCCUACAGGUGAAUCGCAGCCACCGGAUGGGUCUUCUGCGUGUUUAGAUUCAUCGUCAGAGGAGGAUUGAGCUGGAAGGGAGGACAUUACGUGAUGAUCAAUAAAAUCAAACCGAAUACUAGAUGUGAAAUGAGGCGCAUGACUGACCAUUGGAAUUCCUCGGCCUAUAUCUGGAGAUCGCCUCCACGUUGCUGAAGAAUGAGAAGGUCGAAUUGAACAUCUCCCCUUCUCGAUAGCCGAUGACCGUCCCUGAAGGUUAAAAUCCCAUUUUUCACGAAAGAUCCAAGGCUCAAGGACGCCUUGAGAGAAUGAUUACGGUGGGUUUAACGAGCAAAUUGGGAAUCUGAGCAUUGUAGUACAAUGCUUUUCAGCUUUCACUAGCCAAACGCCGCCCUGAUUUGAUAACAUCUGUGAUGCAAAAUAUUCCCAAGAUUCCGCAGCGAACCCCUCUCCGAUUUACAUGUUAUCGUGAGGUAGGCCAUACUCCAGCCGCGUGUUGAACUCGGUUGCUUGCCUUCUUUUCUUUUCCUUUUCUUGGAUUAGGUGUUCGGAGCCCCGUUUAUGUGGUUGGGUAUGUAGGUGCGACAUUUUUUGGGCCUCUUCAGUUUCUCUCUUCUCACUCCUCUCGAAGCAUUCAUAUAUAGUACAGCGCAUAUCUAUAAUUUCGGCAUAUAUAUGUACACGUACUUCACCAUUGACUUUUUUCCAGCCAACGCACGGUUCUUUGUUUCUUUUGGAUAAGACGCCCUAUACCAAUAUCGCAGAGUAAAUGAGCACCUGGAUGGAUACUUAGGUAGUAGGCUGCACGUAAUAAACUAUGAUAUUUCUCGGGAAAAAAAGGGCCUAUAAAUCGAUCCCCUUAGGUCAACUUGAGGCUAACUUGAGGCCAACUUCAGGCCAUUAUUGACAUGUGUGAGAAGCGUAGAACACAUCAACAUGAGUAUCCAUCCCAGUAAAAGGAAUCGAAUAG